AUGGAGGACACGCAAAACGAUGCACCACAAUUUCUCACCACCGGCAGAAGCCUUGCGGAACGUUUCUGGGAGCUGUGGAAGGACUCAUACCUAACUUCGUUGAGGGAGCAACAUACUCGAAAUCUUAACCAAGGUCGAAGUUCGCCCAAGAAGCCACGAGUAGGGCAAGUGGUCCUACUGCAAGACCCAUUUCUUCCCAGGAAUACGUGGAAAUUGGGAAGAAUAACAAGACACGGAAGUACGGCAAAGGAAGAGAUUAGACAGGUGGAACUCAAAAUGGGCAAUGGUAGGACAACAAGGAGGCCGGUAAAUACCUUAAUUCCGCUAGAACUGGAAGAAGCCGAGGAGGAAAAAGAGGAUGGAGACUUCAUAGACUAUCCUCGGCAAGAGGGAGAAGAACGUGUAGUUAUGGGGCAACGCGCAGUAGAAGAACGGAGGGAACCUGCAGUAGAGCAAAUGCGUCCUAAGAGAAAAGAAAAGCUUUCCUUAUUAUGCAGAAGAAUAUGA